CAAUAUAAAUCUACAAAAAGCUUGGUACUUUACAAUGACAAAAACAAUUUACGAGAUAUAAUGAAAUAUUCAACAAAUACAAUGGAUACAUUAAUAAGCAACACUGAUGAAUCAAUAAUGCAUCCUCAUAAAUCACAUACACAGAUAUAUAAGAUAUAUUUUGCUUCUGUAUGGCAAAGAUUUUUAACACUCUUGAAAGAGUGUACUAAAAAUUGGAAGAUGAAAUUUACACUAACCCAAGUGGAUUAAGUGUUACGACGAUGACAGCAGCAACAUCUCAUGGAUUAGACUAUCGACAUUUUAUAUAUCAUUUAAAUAUACUGACAAUUGUGCGAGUUAUCUUGAAACAAGUACGAGUUUAUUUUAACAGAUCAACUUAUGUAUUUUAAUCUCGCAGUCAUAUAUUUGUAUUAAAUUUACAAAUUAUAAAUACACAAUUUGUAUUGGUGUGUAUGCAGUCCAUAGUGAUUCAAAUCACUUUUCCAUUCGUCACGUGAUCUAUUUUAGUUUGUCACUUCUGCACGGCGCUAAAAGUCAUCCUCUAACCUCAUUUUUCAAAGAAGCGUAUUCAUCUGUUCCUAUGAAUAUCCAUAAACCUAAACGAAUAUAAAUUAGUUUUAUUUUUAUUUAAUCUUUAAAGCUCUUUUUGAUUGAUGCACAAUUUAUAUGAGUGCAUAUUAAAAAAGGAAGUUUAUCAUCAUUCAUUGGAUGUAAUUAUUAUAUAUUAUGGCUGAAACUAAUACCAGGAGAGAAGCAAGAAGACGACGAAUCUUGGAAAACUCAGAAAAUCGUUUACGUAAAAUUACAGCGAGCAAUAAUGCAAAUAAAAUUAAGGAUGAUAAUCCACAAAUGGAAAGCAACAGUUUUCUUAAAACAGAAGCUGAUUUGGAAGAGUAUAAUAUUAGAAAUGGUAUCUGUAAUAUCGAUAAAGAGAUAGAAUCACAAGAUUCUACAAGAUUCAAAGAUGAUAAACAUGAAAAUUUUUUAAAUGAUACUAGUGAUAGAAGUACAUGUUUAUCAGAACAAAUAUCCAAGCCAAAAUUUAUGUUACACAGAUUAUUAUUCAAUCGAAUUAAUUUUAUUCUGCUAGCUGGGAUUGUCAACAUUUUACUAAUGUUGAAAUUAGAUAAUUUUUUUGGGCAGGCAAUUAUUAUACCUUAUUUGUUGCUGAUGACGGGACGUCUAUACAAUUAUACAAGUUUACUUGAAACACAAGACAGCAAUUUACUAUUUGCUGUUUUGAUAUUAUGUAAUAUCCAACCAAAAUUAAUUUAUAGAUUCAAAAUAUCAUUUGCAUUAUUUACUGUAAUACUUCAUGAUUUUGGGUUGUACAUGUUCAGUUUUGUAUUAAUGCGCUAUGUUAUUAUCUAUUACUAUAAUAUUGCAAUAUCAAUAAGUGUAUAAUUAUUUAUGAUAUCUAAAUGGAGGAGAAAAGAUAAAAUGGAAUUCCAUCACAGAAAACUUUGUAUAAAAAGAAAGUAAUAGAAAUAUGUUUAGAAAAAUAUAAAUAUGU